CCUCGUUUCUUCAGGAAAUGAAUGAAGAUUGGAUCUACGUCAUGCCAUAAGGGUCUCCCAUGCCCACAGAAAUCGAAAUACAUCUUCUCCACUUUCUCCAGUCUUCUCCAUUGCUGCACUGCCAUUACAGACAUCAAACACUACUUACUACCCCAAAAACUCGAUAACCUCAGCACCUACUCGAUCGAAUCGCACCCGCAAGCGGUAACCGAUACCGCUAUCCAAGAAACUGUAUUGCAGUAGGUUUUUCAUCUUGCACUAUGGAUGGACAUGAUGUCGAAGCUGCCCAUGGCGAAACUGCCAACCGAUAUGGCCCUCCCUUGAGCGACAAGCCCACGGUCCCAAGCAGCGAUUCCUCUGGCGGCAGCAAGCCUAUAUCUACCGAACGCGAACCCAUUUCCAGCAACAGACCCAUGCUACCAUUAACGGCCGAUGCGACCCAUAAACCCAAAGACCCUCUCAACGACGCCACACCUGAUAACAACACUGAAAAAUUUGACUCAAGUUCCGACAGCGACACAGCCAUUGGAGACGUGUCUGAUAUCCAGAAUGCCAGCAAAAGGCCAACAAACCAAGAAAACGACCACAAGAAGAUCAACACGACACAAGCAGUCAUUAUCUUCAUCACCAACGAAGUGGGUAUUGGCAUGUUAUCGCUGCCGUCUGCCUUGAAUACUUUGGGCUUCUUUCCGGGCAUCCUAUGCAUCGUUGUCAUGGGAAUGCUCAGUCUAUACACAGCGUACAAUUUAGUUCAAUACUGGCGUAAAUACCCGUAUAUGCUCAACAUCGUGGACUACGGACGGGUUCUUGGCGGUCCAUGGCUCGAAGCCGUGUUUGCUAUAGGCUUCCUGAUCAAUAUGGCGCUAAUAUCUGCCUCGGCGGUGGUUACCAUCUCCAUUGGUUUGAAUACAGUCAGCGAACACGCAACCUGCACAGUGGUUUUCUCUCUUCUUGCAGUUCUUGCGAUGUGGGCCAUGUGCGUGCCUAGGAGUAUGCGUUUUGUAUCAUGGGCUUCGUGGCCAUGUACUGCCUCCAUCAUUGCGACUGUCAUGGUCGUGAUGAUAACGCUCGGUGUGCAAGGACCUCGCGACCCAACUGCACCACUUAAUCUGAAGGCAAUUGGCAGCCCGACAUUCGUGGAAGCCACCGCUGCAUUUCUCAAUAUCGCUUUUGCCUUUUCCGGAAACCAAGCAUUCCCAACCGUACUAGCGGAGAUGGAGAACCCCAGCCGGGACUUUCCUCGUGCUGUGGCCAUCGAAAAAUGCAUCACUACGACAAUCUACGCCAUUGUUGCAACGACUGUCUAUGCACUAGCGGGUGCCCAGGUCGCAUCUCCCGCCAUCGGUUCGCUCCAACCCUUGAUGGCGAAGGCGGCUUAUGGUGUAGCAUUCAUCGGCUUGCUAGGUACUGGCCUCAUCUUCGGGAUGACCGCAGGUCGAUACCUCCACGUGGUCUUAAUCCGACAUAUCGACACUUUCAAGCGUGACAAGUCCGGGAGGCGUAACUCUAUCCCGUCGGACCCAUCUCGUGGACGGCGUUCUUCUCUCGCCAUGCCUGAAGUCAGCAGAAAGUUAGACUGGGCCGUCUGGCUGUUCUCGGUCUCGGCCUUCUGGAUUGUUGUAUGGAUUCUUUCCAACGCCAUUCCCGUAUUCGAUUCGCUCCUCAAUGUCUCGUCGUCGCUACUCCUUUCGUGGUUUACUUGGGGAGUCACGGUACUCUUUUGGUUCCACCUCAAUUGGCAUGGCAAAUGGCGUUCAUCCACGAAAAAAUUGCUUGUCGCUGCAUUGAAUGUCUUCAUCAUGCUCACAGUACUAUACAUGAUGAUCCCGGGAAUGUAUGCAAGCAUCGUCUCGCUUCUGAAUGUAUUCUCAGAUCCUAACGAGACAGUGAAUGGUCCGUUCACUUGUGCGGACAACAGUAUCUUUAGUUCUUAGCGUUCACUACUGAAAUACCC